AUGGCUUCGUUUCAGAGAACGCUGCGACCUCUUACCAAAGCAACAAGUCUUGUUUCUUCCACAGCUCCCGCGACUCGGUCUAUACCUCGAAGAAGUCUGUUACCGAAGCGAUCGCUUGCUACCACAUCAAGACGACGCUAUGCCGAACCCUACAUGCCCGACGACGUCGACACGGACUCUCUUUCUCCCACACCCAUCACCCACUUUUCAGAGACAGAGCGCAUGUUAGCAGAGUCGGUGUCAAAAUGGGCCAAUGAAGAGGUUGCUCCCAAAGUGCGAGAAAUGGACGAGAAGGAAGAGAUGGAUCCCUCUGUGGUCGAGCAAAUGUUCGAGCAAGGUCUCAUGGCGUUUGAGAUCCCCGAAGAGUAUGGAGGCGCCGGCAUGAACUUCACCGCUGCCAUUGUUGGCAUUGAAGAGAUUGCAAGAGUAGAUCCCUCCGUCUCGGUGAUGUGUGAUGUGCACAAUACACUGGUGGUGACGGCGAUUCUCAAGUAUGGCACGGAAGCAUCUAAGAAGAUGUGGCUGCCCAAGCUUGCCACUAACACCGUGGGUGCUUUCUGUCUAUCUGAGCCGGCGUCGGGAUCAGAUGCCUUUGCACUGAAGACGAAGGCAGAGAAGACAGAGCAUGGAUACAAGAUCAACGGCUCCAAGAUGUGGAUCACGAACUCCAUGGAGGCUGAUUUCUUCCUUGUUUUCGCAAACCUUAACCCCGAAGCCGGCUACAAGGGCAUUUCGGCCUUUGUUGUCACCAAGGACAUGAAGGGCUUCAGCAUUGCCAAGAAGGAAAAGAAGCUUGGGAUCCGUGCCUCGAGCACGUGUGUCCUCAACUUCGACGACGUCGAGAUACCCAAAGAGAAUCUUCUUGGGAAAGAAGGCCACGGGUACAAGUACGCAAUUGGGCUUCUGAACGAAGGGCGGAUCGGCAUCGGCGCUCAGAUGACAGGCCUUGCCCUGGGAGCCUGGGAGAAUGCGGCCAAGUACGUGUGGAAUGAUCGAAAGCAGUUUGGCAAGCUGGUCGGUGAGUUCCAGGGCAUGCAGCACCAGAUGGCCCAAGCGUACACCGAGAUCGCUGCCGCGCGGGCGCUGGUCUAUAAUGCGGCCCGCAAGAAGGAAGCAGGCGAAGACUUUGUCACGGAUGCGGCCAUGGCCAAACUGUACGCCAGCCAAGUGGCGGGGCGAGUAAGCGGACUCGCGGUCGAGUGGAUGGGUGGCAUGGGUUUCGUACGAGAGGGCGUUGCUGAGAAGAUGUUCCGAGACAGCAAGAUUGGGGCUAUUUACGAAGGCACCAGCAACAUCCAGCUCACAACCAUAGCGAAGGCGCUGCAGAAGAAGUACACAUCGUGA